AUAAAAACGUUCUAACAAAUUUCUUUCCCGCGCGAGGUUUCUCCCUCUCUCUUGGUUCUGUAUUCUCUCUGUCUACCAAGGGUUUUCAGAUAAUCCACUUAUUCCAUACCUCACUCUUCACCGGAUUCUGCUAUUCAUUCUUAAUCUCUUGUGAUUAUCUGUGCUUUCAUUUUCCUUCCAAUGACGAGAGCUCAACUCAAAGAACACGCGGAUGCUAGUCUUGAGAUAAUUUCCAUCGGAUCCUUGUACACUGGAUCAUGGGACAAGAAAUACUGGAGCAGCUCUAGGGGUAAAGAUCGAUAUCCCUAUCCGGUUGGGUAUCAGGCUGUUCGGGCUUAUAAUGGGAUCAAAUACAAAAUGGAAGUUCUUGAGGGUCCAAAGGGGCCUUUAUUUAUGAUUUUGUCCAUGGAUGGAACUUCAUUUUCUGGUCAAACCCCUGAUAUUGCUUGGGAGAUGUUUCAGAGGAAAGGCUGCCUCCACACUAAAAUUUGGCACGGGAAAAGGUCUUCAUGCAAGGUUGAUGGCGCGGAGUUUUUUGGGUUCAAAAAUCCAUUUAUUCAGAGGUUACUCCGGGAGCUAGUGGCAAAUGUCAGUGGAACAGCAGAACUAGGCGUGCUUCCUUCAAACAUAUGCAAUAAGGCUUCCGGAUCUGCACAGACUGCAGUUGAGCAUCAUACUAUUCAUGAAUGUGAAAAUGUUGCACUAGUUGCUUGCCAUGAAAAACCGAAGACUGCAAGAAAGAGAAGGAGUUGUCAUGGAACUGAAAUGGAAAAGUCACUUAAUGGUACUAAUCUAAAAAAAGUACGUAAUCAUGGUUUGAGAAUUAGAUCCACGACCACAAAGCAUUUAAGCUCAGCCUUUGCCAAUGAAGUGAAUCAAGGUUUUUGUGAGAAAGCUAUGUGCGUACAAGAGAAGGUUGCUGUAUCUGAGUCCACUCAAGCAGCUCACAAUGUGUCCAUUGACGAAAAACAUCAUGAUAGGUUAUCAAUGGAAAAAUUGGAAGGUAUUAGUCUAGAAAUGGAAACAGAUGGUAACAGUGCAGAUGGUUCUAUUCAAAUGUUGUAUUGUCCAGAUACUGAAGACAGUAAUCAUCACGCUUCACAUACUUCAGUUACUGUUGAGUCUGCUCCUGUAAGCACGGAAAAGAAAAUUCUCAAUCAGCAUGAAUUCAUCAUACCUGAAGAGUUGGUGAUGGACUCCCAUUCAGAAGAGAUUUUCUCAUUGGACACAAACUUAGGCUCCAACAAAAAUGAUUUUGAUUCAGUAGGUCAAGACAUGGUGAAGUCGAUGAUGACUUUUUUGCUUCCACAAGCAAUUCCUCUGCUUAAGGAAAAUUCUGGCAGGAAAGAGAUGGCCACUUCUAAUAUGGAAAGGUUUAUUUGUGAUGGAAAUACAAAAAAUGUAUUGCCUAUAGAGAUAGAUGGAGAAAAACAGGAAUACAUGCACAUACAAUGUGGGAGUUACGAAUUUGCUGUCCCAAGUCUUAAGUUCUCCAAACACGGUCUUGAUAAUCAUGAGGGUGAGCAUCAUGAUGACCAUGCAAACAUUAAUUGCAACUUCUCUUCUAUUGCAGACAAUGGUCAAGGUAAGGAAGAUAUGCAACCUAUUGAUUCUUGUGAACGCAUGAAUGAUGAGUUGGUAAAUGAUCAUGAAGCCACUGGAAACAAGAAGUCCUCUGACAGUGAAAGUGGCGGAAAUUUGCGUGGAACAUGUCAGGACGAUAAUUUGUAUGUUUCCGAAUGUCCUCCCAGCACCUCUUCUGGUAGAGUGCUUUCUGAUGAAACCAUGCAUAAUAACAAAAAGACUGAUGGAUGCCCAUUAUAUCUUGAAAAGAAAACUCCUAAAGUCCAUGUAGAAAGCCAUGUUGAUGAGCAACCUUGUUCAAGUGGAUCCUCUUCUCAACUCUUGCACGCUAAAAAUGCAAAUGAUUCAAGUGUAAAAACCUCCACAUGUUCAGAGGCAUUAAAUAAGGAAGAUACUGUAGGACAAGAGGCUGCGGGAAUGGAUACUUUGCCAUCUUCUCAAACUCCAAACAUUGUGUACCGUAGGAGAAAAGCUCAAAAUGUGUCUCAUUUGGGUAAAGAAUACAAACGGCAAUCCAAUGAAGGUUAUGAUACUAGUUGCUUGGGAAAAUAUUUUGGUGCUGAAACGUCUUCCCUGAAAUCUCCACAUUCUUAUGAUAUCAAUCUUUUCUCUAUACCUGAAAAUCAACAAACAGAAGAAUUACGUUCUGAACAUCCACUUCGAGAACAAUCUCCAAUUGAUUGCAGUUAUAAAACUACUAUGAAAGCUGAAGCAGGAUUAGAAAAAAGAUGCCAUCACAGUCCUACAUUUGACGUAGAUGAAGCAUCAAUUAGAGCCAACAAGAGUCAUGAUUCAGGACUUCUAGAAAAACCUGUUUUGAAGGAAGAUUUGGAAGGUUGUAUUGACGAGGGAAUGAUUCAGCAUAAUAAUGUUUUGAGUAUAAAUAAAUAUGAGUUAUCUCAAGAGAUGGGGGCAACCCUCAGAGACGACAGUAAGAAUUCUUAUCCUUCUUGCAAUGUGGAGCUCUAUCGUGAGGCAGAAGGAAUGUCAAAAAUAGUGGGAUCUUAUUUGCACCCUUUGCCUGUAUUAUCGGUUUUCCUUAGCAACAUUGAGAAUGUAAUCCACAUAUGCGUUUUGUGUGGUCUUUUGGUGGAAAAGAACAGAACAGUCAUUACUUACACGGUGGAAGUGAAAGAACCAAAGGUAGGAUACCCAUCCUUGGUUGGCCACACGACAGUACUGAUGCCAACUCUAGAAGAUUAUUUGGGUAAAGAAAUUGCAGUAGAGCGAACAGGUUUCCAAUUGACUCCAGGUGGCAACUAUCUUGUUUUAAUUGGUGGCAUUAGAACACCUUUUUGCAGGACAGGGAGUAUAAAUUGUCCAUGCUCUACAUGUACAUCUGGUGAGUUUGAAGAGAAUGUGGUAAAGAUUGUGCAAGUUAAACACGGCUACGUAUCAACCAUCACAAGCUUGAGAAGUACCGACAUUCUGCAUUGUAUAUUGGUCUGUGAACCUGACCAGCUUGUUGCUGUUGGAAGAGGUGGACGUCUGCAUCUUUGGGUCAUGGACCCAACUUGGGGCAAACAGAUGGAAAGUCAUAUCAUACCAUCCGUAAACCACAUAUCUCCUAAUUUGGUGGAACUUAAAGGGAUCCCAGAGUUUUCCAAUUUGGUUGUAGGGCACAACGGUUGUGGUGAAUUCAGUUUAUGGGAUAUCCGAAAACGUGCUCUGAUGUCUCGUUUCUAUAUGCCGAGUGCCUCAGUUAAUAAAUUCUUUCCAAUUAGUUUGUUUAGUUGGAAAAGAAUGGAAAACCUUGCCAGGAAGUGUAAUUCAAGUGACUAUGUUAAAGAGCUGUUGUGUGCAACGAGUAUAAGCUCAAGGAACACCGAGGAACAUUCGUCAUUUCAACCGAACGACACUGCGAUAUGGCUUUUUGCCUCAACCAUGUCAGAUUAUCAUGUUUCAGAUGAAUAUCUAUCGAUGGAUGGUCAGAUUAAUCAUGCAGAAUUUUGGAAACUAAUGUUACUUGCUAACAGUACGGUGACAUUUGGUGCGGAGCUGGAUUUAAGAGCUUCUGCCAUUGGAGCAUCAGCUGGCCGAGGUAUCAUUGGGACGCAGGAUGGCCUAGUUUACGUCUGGGAAUUGUCUACAGGAAAUAAACUGGCCACUCUUCUUCGUUUCGAAGGUGCAAAUGUUGUUUGUAUUGCAACUGACAAUAAAGAGACAGGUGUAGUGGCUGUAGCGGCUGAAAAUAGGCUUCUGGUAUAUCUACUUUCAUCAGAUACGAAAAGGUAAACCAUAAAUGGCCUACCACUCAAGAAAAUUACUUGUAAAUUGCAAAACAUUAUCAUAAAAAAAAAUGUCUUAGUUUUGAGUUGGUACCUGUCAUGAUGUUGAUAUAUGACAAAUGUUGGAUUUGUUGUGACAUAGCUACGUGUGAGCCGACGAUAAGUGUACAUAAUCAUUCAUGUAUGAAAUAAAGAAAACAAAAUUAGUGUAACUUCUGUAUCGACAAAUUAACCUUUCUAGAUGGGGCAUAAUCGAUAUGAAUCUUUAGUCAA